AUGAAACUUUUCGCCGCCGCCCGUGGCAGGCGAUUGUACUACUCCAUCAACUUUGUGGCAGGCCUUGCCAUCUUCUUCUUUGGUUAUGAUCAAGGCAUGAUGAGUGGCGUCAACAACUCGCCUGAUUACGUCCGUAUCAUGAAACUGGGCUAUUCCACAUAUGAGGGUCCCUCGGAAGGCUAUGUUGCUAAGAUCACCGAGCCUACCAGACAAGGCGGGAUCGUCAGUAUCUACUAUUUUGGUACGCUGCUAGGCUGCCUCAUGGGAGGCGUCCUCGGUGACAGGAUCGGCCGUGUGCAAACCAUGCUGGUGGGAAGUAUAUGGGUUCUCGUCGGCGCGAGUCUCCAGUGUUCGGCCCAGAAUAUCGCAUGGAUGCUGUGCGCCCGCGUGAUCAAUGGCAUCGGAACAGGAUUCCUCAAUGCGAUCGUUCCCGUAUGGAGUGCUGAAGUGGCAUCCCACACGUCGAGAGGUGCAUUCAUUGCUAGCGAGUUCACUCUGAACAUAUUCGGUGUGGUUGUCGCGUACUGGCUAGAAUUUGGCAUGGGCUUCAUUGGAGAUGGCAAUACCUCAGUGCGGUGGAGGUUCCCGAUUGCCUUCCAGAUCCUGCCAGUUCUCGCAUUUAUGAUGUGCAUCCCCAGUAUGCCAGAGAGUCCUCGAUGGCUCAUGAAAAUGGGACGAGAUGAAGAAGCACGCCAUAUUCUGGGCCGGUUACGCUCUGAUACCGGUAACAUUGAGGACGCGCGCGUGAUUGCGGAAUACGAGGAAAUCGUUGUCGCGGUCCAACUGGAGAAAGAGCAUGCGGCCGGCAAUACCUACUUCGCGAUGUUCUUUGGUCUCCACGACAGCGACUUGCAUGUCGCGCGGAGAGUGCAGCUCUCCAUUUGGUUGCAGAUCAUACAAGAAUGGGCGGGCAUUGCGGCGAUUACCGUAUAUGCCUCGACUAUCUUCGCUGAAGCAGGCUAUUCGUCCCGCAAAGCUCAGUGGCUGUCUGGGCUCAACGACAUUACGUACAUGCUGAGCACCCUGUUGGCCGUCAUCACUAUCGACAGGCUCGGCAGGCGUGUGGGUCUGUGGUGGGGCGCCGUCGGCCAGGGCAUCUCGCUUAUUCUCGCGGGUGCAUUCACCAGGCUCCUGAAAGACAAUCCGGACAAAGCUAGCCAAUACGGUGGCGCUGCUGCUUUUUUCGUCUUCAUGUACACAGCUGUCUUCGGCGCGACCUGGUUGACGAUUCCGUGGGUCUAUCCUACUGAGACCUUCCCGCUCUAUGUCCGAGCGAAGGGUAACGCAUGGGGCGUUGUCGGAUGGUCGAUCGGUAACGGCUGGCUGACACUGUUAAAUCCGGUGAUGUUCAGUGCCAUCGGAGAGAACACGCUUCAUAUUUUUGGCGCAGUCAACUUCCUCACCAUUCCGAUGGUGUGGGCAUUCUAUCCUGAGACGGCGAACCGCACGUUGGAGGAGAUGGACCACCUAUUCAUGUCAAAGAGUCCGUUCGUCUGGGCUGAGGAGGCAUACUUCAGGAAGUGGAAGCAAGGCGAGAUCGAGGCCGCGAGCAGGGCGCCCGACGUACGCGAGACGGACGAUGUUGAUCUGAAGAUUGACGAGAUACAGAAGCUGGAGAAGAUGGUCAGCUCGUAA